GAGGGAGGAAGACAGGGGGAGAAACAUCAAUGUGAGAGAGAAACACUGGUCAACUGCCUUUCGUAUGUGCCCCGACCAAGGACAGGACCUGAAACUCAGGUCUGUGCCUUGACCGGGAAUCAAACCAGUGACCCUUUGCUUUGAGGGACGACACCCAACCAACUGAGCCACACUGUUCAGGACAAAACAGAUUCCUUUUAAGGAAAAAAAGAUUAUUAGUGAACAUUCAGCAUAGAAAACGUGGCCCUCUGUCUACAGUAGCAAUAGUUGCUAGGCUCUCCUCAACAAAUAUUUAAGCACCUACUGUGUGCCAGGAACUGGGCAUAUAGGAGUGAGAAGUGGUUGCUGCCCUCAGCACAAAACCAAGAACUGGGACUUUCUCCCCAAGGAGGAGGGCCACUGAGGCCUUGGGAGGAAACAAAUGAAGAAAGAUAGGUGGCCUGUCUGAUUCCAGAAACCACACUUAGCUGAUUUCCUGAGAACCCUCUAGACAGGGUCUGGCACCAUUCCUGGGGAGCACAGGUUGGAGCUCUCUUCCAUCCUGCCCGCAAGCCCUGACCUUCUGGUCCCCAAGCCUUUGCUGCUCUGUCCAGCCAGAGGGAGAGAAGUCCCCGGGCCACCCUGGGCUGAGAUGUACAUGCCCAGGAAUGUAGUGCCCCAGAGAAGCUGAAGGGCCCAAUAAGGGUCCUGGGGCCACCACUAUCACAGAGCAGCCACAGUACCCAAGUGUAGCUCCUGCCCCAGGGCGUGUGCAUAGGGCAGGGGCUAACCACAGGGAUCUGAGCCCAUGCCAUGUGGGGCUUGCUCCCAAUGGGACGGUGGCAGGAUGGAGUAUGGCCCAGGACCAAAGGUGCAUGGUCCUCACGCUCAAGAAGCUCACGGCCCAAGCCUCCUUUACCCUCACGUUUUCAGUCAGAUGGUAGGGCGGCAGAACCACCUCCUUCCCUGGGGCUUUAGUCCCUGCGCCUACGAGGCCUCCUUCACAUAUCACCUUCCUGAGAAGCACCAAGAAAGAACUGGACAGAAGGGCUUCCACAUGCAGGGCUGCUGCCCAACGCAAAAAGCUGCCAAAAACGGUACAUUUGGGUGAAAGCAGGUUCCUACCCCCUAUCGGUGCUGCCCAGCGCUCCCUGUCCACCUGGCUGACAAGAGCUUUACCCAGUUCACGAGAUUUCUGGCCAGAGGUGGAACUCAGCUCGUGCCUGGGGAGCAGGGAGCACCAGGCUUGCACGGCUUUCUGGAAAAGCCGACCAGAAAGCAGUGUCAAAGGACCCAAGGAGCGGGGUGGGGAGCCGUGGUCGUCCACAGGCAACUGACGCCCACGCUCCAGAGGGGCGUCAGAUGCAAGAGGAUCUGGAGGUGGUUCUGCCUCCAGAGCUCCCCACACGGAGCCCUCCGGCGCCUCUACGCUCUCAAGGAGCCUCGAAAAGUCCCUCAAAGAAUUUGCAGCCUCCUGCCGCCUGCUGGAGCGCUAAAGCGUGAAGCGAAUUGCACACGCGUGCGCGAAGAUCAGACAGCUCCGCCCCUGGUCCGCCUCUGCCUGCCCCUUCCCGCCCUCUGGGGCGGAGCUAAGUGCGGCUUCCGGCGGAAGCUUGGGAUCAAGCGGAAAACCCUACCUACUAGCCAGGGGUUUGGUGGUGCUACUUCCUCCUCCCUCGCGCAGUUGUUUCCGAAUCUCCUGCGCUUCAGUUUUCACGCCCAUCUCCUACAAGGAGAUACCUGAUACUGCUCCUCAUCCCAAUUACAGCUGCAAAUUACCGCAGGGCCCGAGGCCGGGAAACGGACCUGUAUCCCGCCCCGGUCCGCCCUUGCCCAGCGAGGCCCUGUGAGGUUCUGGCACGACGUUCCGGCCUCAUCUGCCACAUUCCCCUGCCUGUCCCCCGCGGACCCUCUUCCACCCCGACCAUGGCCCAGAAGCCAAAGGUAGACCCUCACGUAGGGCGACUGGGAUACCUGCAGGCGCUGGUCACGGAAUUCCAGGAGACGGAGAGCCAAGACGCCAAGGAGCAAGUCCUCGCCAACCUCGCCAACUUCGCCUAUGACCCCAGCAACUACCAGUAUCUGCGACAGCUGCAGGUCUUGGACUUAUUCCUCGAUUCGCUGUCGGAGGAGAACGAGACCCUGGUGGAGUUCGCUAUCGGAGGCCUCUGCAACCUGUGCUCCGACAAGGCCAACAGGGAGCACAUCCUGCAGGCGGGGGGUGUCCCGCUCAUCACCAACUGCCUGUCCAGUCCCAGCGAGGAGACUGUGCUGUCCGCCGUCACCACGCUCAUGUACCUGAGCUCGCCGGGCUCCGGUGCCCACCCCGACCUGACAGCAUUGCCUGUGGUCCAGUGCAUGCUGCGCUUCUCUCUCUCGGCCAACACGAGGCUCCGGAACCUGGCGCAGAUCUUCCUGGAAGACUUCUGCUCCCCAAGCCUGGUGGCUGAAGCACGCCGCCGGCCGGCCCACUCUGCCCUGGGUAUCCCCCUGCCAAGGACUGAGGCCCCACAGCAGUCCUGAUGCAAGGAGGCCCUGAGACUGUGGUUCUCUUACUGUCAGAGACGAGCCUGACAUACUGGUGGGGCUUAGGAAGCAGGGGCCCGACAGCUCCCAGCAAGCACUGUCUCUCUAAAUGGUGCCUUUUCAGCCAUUUUAAAGGUGAGUUUUCUCAGCCUGACAGGUGUUUACACUGUGAUGAAAGGCAUUAGGAGAUGAGUUGAGGAAGACAGACAUUGAGACACGUGAGAAGGAAACCAAAAGCAGUGCCAUUUUCAUAGGCGGACACGCUCACCAGGGGGAGGUGAAGGCCCUGCCUCUUGCUCUGCCCCACUGCCAGGCUCUCACCCUUGUGUGGAAGCAGUUGCUCCCUCCAUCCAGACGCUUUUGCAGGUGGUUCUCCUGAGAGAAGCUGGGCUGGGGCUUAGGAACACUGCCCAAGCUUGAGGAAGGAGGCACCGUUCUUAACAGGAGUGUCUGGAGCGCUGGGCAUCGGGCAUGGUGGAUGCAGGCCUGGAGAACUCCAUGGCCCAGGAUUAACCAAUCAGGCCGAUCUGCCAGGCACUAUGGGAGGGCUUCACAGACAAGCAGGUAGUCCCUGCUGUUGAGCAGUACAGCCCAGUGACUGUUAUUUAACACGGCAUCAGGCAUUCAGACCAAGGCCACACAGGUGAUGACAUCAGGACACAGGCACAGACUCUUGGAGCAGCAUCUGCUCCCCCAUGCCUGGGGGAGAAGUAAAGGGGAGUCCCUGCCCCUGAAAGUGUGUCUCAGGCUCGAGGGCUUUGGGGAUACAAGAGGGGUGCUCAGUAGACAGAGGACCAGGCCCUGACAGUCUGUGGCUCGUAGUCCAUGGUGUAUGCUGGUCAGCACAGGGGAAGAGGAGAGGGACAGCCAUGGAAGGCUGGGGUUCAGGAGUAACGAGGAGCCCUGGUCAUUUGCACUCCCUAAGACUGACCACCUACGUGACCAAGGAAAGGCAUCCAGGGGGUGUGGAGGUGGCAGGACCUAGGGCCGCUGGAGACAGGAAGGGGAAGCCCUCUUCCACCCACCUCCAUUCCAGCUGCAGCCCUUGAGCUCCUGCCCCUUUACUUUCCCAAAUAAAGGGUCUGAACAGA